AUGGGAAAUCCGACUUUGACCGAAGAUGCCGUGAACACCGGUGCAGUUGCAUGGGUUCUGACCUCGGCAGCCUUGGUGUUCUUGAUGACCGCUGGGCUCGGCUUCUUCUAUGGUGGCUUGGUGCGCGAUACGAAUGUAAUCAACACUAUGAUGAUGAGUGUGGCUUCCAUGGCCAUCGUGUGCCUCACUUGGGUGGUUUUUGGAUUUUCUUGGGCCUUCGGAGACAAUGGGGCCACUGGCUUCGGGAUGUUCGUGGGUAACUUUGACUACAGCCUGUGGACAAAUCUGGACAUGAAGAUGUGGGGUGACUCUGGGCUUCCUGGCCUUUGCUUUGCAGCUUUCCAGAUGACCUUUGCCAUCAUCGCAUCCGCAAUCAUCUCGGGCUCUUUGGUGGAGCGAAUGCGCUUCAGCGCAUAUUCGGUCAUGUUGGCCUUGUGGUCCUUGCUGAUCUAUGCUCCACUUUGCCAUUGGGUUUGGGGCCCUGGCGCGCUCGACUUUGCUGGCGGAACUGUUGUCCACAUCAGCUCCGGUGUGUCUGGUCUUGUUGCCGGUGCCAUCGUGGGGCCUCGAAGGCAUGUGGAGAAGGAACUGGGCCCCGCCAAUGCACCCUUCGUGAUUUUGGGUGGCAGUCUCCUGUGGUUUGGCUGGUUGGGAUUCAACGGUGGAUCUGCUUUGUCAGUGAGUGACGGUGUGGCAGCCCGCGCCGUGGCCACCACUUUUGUGGCUGCGGCUUCAUCCAUGCUGACCUGGUUGGUGCUUGAGCGUUUGCUCAAAGGCAAAUCCUCCAGUGUGGGAGCUUCUGUGGGAGCUGUGGCCGGCCUUGUGUGCAUCACCCCUGGAGCUGGCUUUGUGACGCCUGGUUGGAGCAUUGCCAUUGGUGCCUUGGGCGCUGCUUGGUGCUAUGUCUCCGUGGAGGUUGUAAACAAGGUCAAUUUGGUGGACGACACAUUGGACGCAUUUGGGUUGCAUGGCAUGGGUGGCAUCGGUGGGGCUAUCUUCACUGGCAUUUUUGCAUUGGAUGGUGGCCUGAUCUACACUGGCAACUUUAAGCUGUUGGGCAAGCAGAUUGCUGGCGCCAUGGCAGGUGUGGCCUUCUCAGCGAUUGGUACUGCUAUCAUCGUGGUGGCAUUGAAGCUGGUGAUGAAGCUGCGAAUUCCUGAGGACCAGGAAGUUUCAGGUUUGAGUGAGAGCGCCCUCAUCGUCAGCGUCUCGCAACUGACAAGCAGGCCGGCGCUUGUCGACGAUUUGGCACGUGUCGUACCAGGUACUGCCGCAUCUUUCAGUGAAGACGCCACGGUGUUUGCCACACUCUUAAAGCCACAGCUCCUAGCAGCUGGUCAGCUUGAGCUGGUGCCGCCGUUUUGCUGGAACUACCACAGCUGGAACCACUGCGAUGACUGUGCCGCCAGAGACAGUGUUCUGGGAAACUACACUCACUAUCUCAUUUAUGCAGCCUCCUCGUUGGCCGAGCAGAGCUUCCCUUUCGCUUUGCUGAUCGAAGACACCGAUGCGAGUGUCUCUUCUAUUCACUUUGACGGGCAGGACCUUGACUUCUACGAUCUGGGUGGAGAACUCUCCUGGCUGGCGCCCAAUGACACUGAGCGUGUGGAUGCUUACCUUGCUUACCUUGCCUCAGGUGCCUCAGGCCUUGGACGAUCACAGCUGGGAGAAGCACUUCCGCCUGAGGCCAGAGAAGAAGCACAGAAGCUUCCUUUCAUUGCCUUGUUGCCCUUGGUCUUGAAGCUGCACGUUCCCGCCAAUACGCCAAGAGGCAACUUCACGCACUUCACAGUCUUCACGCGCUCGGUGCUUGUAGAACAGACGACACCUGCCUUCCUGGCAAUUCAAGACGAAGCCUCCCGGGCCAACAACGUCUCCUUCGUGGAUGAUGAUUUGGAUGAAGGUGAGAUUGGUGGAAACUUGACAUGGCUGGCACCAGAGGACUUCAGCGAGGUGGUGGACUAUGUGAUCUACAUCGCAGAGGAUCGCUUUGGGGCGAACCGAAGCCUCCUGGGCAAUGUCAGCUUUGACACUUUCAGUUUCUUGGUGCCAGAGAACACACCACUGCUCGAUCACUCGCACUUGCUGAUCUAUGCUCGAUCAACCUUGGAAGAGCAAAGCACUCCUGCAUCUGUGGUGAUCAUCGAGACUGUGGCCAGUGUGUCGAAUAUCACCUUUGUGGACCUGGAUCUCGAUGCCGGAGAGUUGGGCGGUCGGAUCACCUUCAAAGCACCAGCUUCAGAGCGUGUGGUGAGCUAUGUGACCUACUUGGCCUUAUCAUUGCAAACUGCUUCAGGUCGCUGGGAAAUAGAAGAGAUGUCACACAGAGUGACCAUCGACAUUCCCGCAGACACUGCACUCCUGAACUUCUCAUAUAUCUUGGUCUACACUAAAUCACUCUUGGCAGAACAAAGCACGCCUGUGGCCUUCACUCUGGAAGAUAGCAUUGCAUCGGCAUCUGGAGUUGCUUUCUACGAUCGCGAUUUGGAUGAAGGAGAUGUAGGAGGAGACUUGUAUUGGUUUCCACCUUCCGACACAUCGCUGGUGGACUUUUAUGAGAUCUAUUUUGCAAAUGGAACUGCUGGCCAUUGGACCAAGCAGCACCAGAGCACUGUCGCUGUUGGGCACCAGAGUUUGCAUAUCCCGGCUGAUACGUCAUUGAUGUCAGCUUCUGGUGGUAUGCUGACUCACUUGCUGGUCUACACCAGGUCAAGUUUGGUCGAGCAGAGCACACCAAGUUCUCAUUUUAUCGCAGAUGAAUACGCCAGCGUUUCCAACAUCUCCUUCACGGACCUGGAUUUGGAUGCCUCGGAACUUGGUGGUGUUGUGCUGUGGUCGCCCCCGACAAGAAUCGCCCUGGUGGAGAGCAUCCAUUUGUAUCUGGCAGAUUCUACAGAGGGCAAUUUCAGAUCGCAAGUGGGUGACGGAGUUCAAGCCAAUGCUAGCAGUCUUGACAUCCUCUAUGAUACAAGCCAGGAGAAUUUCUCCCACGUGGUGAUGUAUACCAGGUCCUCUUUGAAGGAGCAAACGACACCUGUGGCUCUCACUCUGUCAGAUACCUUUGCCAUUGUUUCGAAUGUGUCUUUUGUAGACUAUGACCUGGAUCUGGGAGAGAUUGGUGGUCCAAUCACUUGGGACGGCAGCGAUGUGGCAGAAGUCACCGGCUAUGCAGUCUACUUGGCUCGUGCAGCUCCGGCCUUUGGUGAAGCACGCUUCUGUGCUUAUGCAUGGGAGUCACUGCGUGCCACCGGCGCGGUGAUUGAGAACGCCGAGAUCCUCGGAAGUGAUUCCAUGGCAGGUGAGUGGGCAUCGGGGGGCCUCUGUCAUCUCGGGAAGCUUUCAGCUCACUGCCCUGGGCAACGCUGUGGCCCUCCGCAUGGCCACGAGAGCUUCCGUGGCACACCUUCUGAGCAUUGAUUCCACCAAUGUCAGUGCUUCUGUCAAUGGUGCUCGACGUUUAUCAAGGCAGCUGAGCAGCGAAACGUCGAUGAGUUUUCAAGCGGUUGUGCCGAGCAUGUCUUUGACCGCCUCCCUUGACCUCCUG